AUGGACGUCGUGGACCGUGACCUUCGUCCCGCCGACUCUCCUGUUAGCUUUUCAACGCGCAUUACAGAUCAACCUCUUCGCAUAGACUCGGUUGAAAUGGGAGCGUCGCCGCCAGAUAUUGAGUUGCGCCCUACUAAGAGGACGAGCCAAGACCAAAACACAGACGUAUCGUUGCUUGACUUGGACGGCGACAUAUAUGGAGAUGAACAGCUCCCGGCGCGCAUUAGAGCAACGAUUGCUGAGUAUCUUGGACACGUUGUCGAUGGUGUACGACGGUGGUCCUUCACCAUACGCAAUAUCAAGGGAUGGCGUUUUAAACUCAUAUGA